CUCAAGGUGGAAAAAACUUAAAAAUAAACAAACCAAAACAAAACAUCGAUACGCUUCUUCAUUCGUUUGUUGGGAGCUCGGGCGCACAGUCGAUAGUAUUGUUUUCCGCCUGGAAAAUGAUUCAGUUCCAUCUACAGCUGUUGGGCUCCCGUCUUGUUUCACAGGCGGAAAACUAUGACCGUACCAUUCACUGGAUUGAUAGCCGGAUAAUUGAGCAUGGAAAAAAAUUGCUUGAAUUGAUUAGUGAUCUGCUGAAGAAAGAUUGCUACAAAAGUUUCAGAACAUUGGUUUUCAAUGGCUUCGAGGUUUUCCGGGAAAACGUUGUUUUUCGAACGUCUGUUUCCUGUUGUACGAGAGCCCUGUGUGAUUCAGAGACGCUAUCGAUACAUUUGGCAGAUGGCAAAAAACACAAAGAUGACUUAGAGAAGGAUAAAAGGCUUCUGGCUGUCAAUUUCUUCAUCCAGAUUCAAGUGGUUUCCAUUAUACUCAAACGCUAUUUAGGUGACUAUGAGCGAAUAGAUAAGAUUACUGCGGAUUAUUUCCGCAAAGGACAUGCGCUUAUUGAACGCAUACUUAAGAAGCCACCUCGCAAGGAUGUAAUCUGCAACAAUACUUUCUUCAAAGUGGAUGUCAGGAAGAGUAAAAUCCUGUUCGAUUACACGUGCGCUUUGUGUCAGAGAAAAGGCGUGAAGCAGUGUCAGCUCGUUAAUGCCAUCGGUUGGUUUAAGAUAUUGAAUGAUUCGAUAAAAGUCAAUCCGAUUCUGCACUUGGAGAGUAAAUUGCACAGCAAAAGCAUUCAAUAUUUGCCCAAAGAUGAACUGCUUAUUCGUGAGAUCGAAAAUAAUCCCUCAUUAUCGAUGGCCGGGAUAUACCUGUUGAAUGUUACUGAGUAUGAAUUGACCGAUAUGUGCGUGAUUGGCCAGCAAACUAAAUGGGAUUCGAAAUUUCAUAAAAUCGAAAAAUAUCUAACAGCACAAUUAUCUGAAAAGUUGGGGGAGAUAAGCAUCCUCUUCUUUGGUUCACGAGUUAUGGGAACUGGCAAUCGUGAGUCCGAUUAUGAUGUGUUAAUUAAAUCGAGUGUUAGCAAGAGAAAUAAGAGGUGUCUUAAUCUAUGCAUUGGAUGGGCUAGAGAAAAUCCCAAAGAAGUACAAAUCAUCCGUAUGGUUCCUGAUGGCCCCAUGCUAGUAUGUGUCUACGUUAAGACACUCGGAGUCACGUUGGAUCUCACCUUUGGAACCCCAUGUGGAAACGUGAAGCUGGAAUAGCAAAUUUUCAUGACAACCUGCUGGCUAUGCUGGUUAUAUUUUUUAUGCAGCAAGAAAAGUAUUUUCCACCGAUUAGCUCUCUACUAAUUGGACCUCCCCUGGAGGAGGAUAUAUACAACACGCGCUUUCAUAGAAACAUUCCGAACCCACC